AUGUUUUUUGAUAUUCUCCAGCCAAAAAUAUUCUUUAUAUUUUUGUUUCUCUAUUUCCAAUUUUUAAAUUUUGUAAAUGGAAUUUUAGCGGGAGAAGAAAUUGACUGGAAUAGGAAUGGAUUUGUUGUAAAGGUUCUUGCCAGAGAAGGACCUAAUGCGCCUACAAAAAGUUGCACUGGCUCUUUAAUUUCAGCUUCAUUAGUUUUAACAAGUGGUGAUUGUGUUGUUGAUCGUUCAACUAAGGAAAGUUUGAAUGAAUUUGUGGUUUUUGUUUCAAAACCAUCUGACAAAGAACUUCGUUCAACUGGCAAACUAUUAGAGAGAAAUGAACAAAAUGGUUGGGCUUUGUUGCGAAUUGCCCCACAAAACAUUACUGAACUUUGCCCACCUAGCCCAGCCCCCAAAUGGGUAGCUCGUCUUAAUUUUCGUCCUUUGCUGACAUCCGGUCCUCGACUCGAAGUAAGUCAAGCUGACUUAAGUAGCGGAGAGGGAGCUGUAUGUUUUUUUGUUGGAUUUACUACAACAGAGAAAGGCAAAAAAGCUUAAAAAUCUCUAAAAUAUUAUUUUUUAGCUGAAGAUUUUUUGAACGAGAAUCGUCUUCUUCGUAUUUACCUUGAUAAGUUAGAAAAACCACCAAAGGAUGAUGGUUUGAAUCAAUACAGAAGUGAUGUAUAUAGUGGAUUUACUGCUUGUUAUGUAAGCUUAUAUUUAUGGGGGAAUUUCCUGAAAAGAGAUAUAAGCAGUGUUUAUAAGCUCGUAACAAAAUUCGUACUCGUCCUCGUACUUCGUACAAAAUACGAGUAUGAGCAAAAAAUAGGCCAAGAAUAGGCCGGUACGAAGUAGAGUACGAGGCUAAAAUUAGGGAUGGUAUGAAGUACGAGUACGAGCAAAUCUGAAAUUUAUAAACACUGGAUAUAAGCUUUAGAGAUAUAUGUUUUCCUCGAAUAGAGAUAAAUAUUUCACGGAAGGAGAACCAUCUUAAAUACCU